AUGUACGUGUACUCGCAGUGUAUGUAUCGAAUAGAUUGCAAGCCGUUCACGUCUGUAACUGAGACUGGAAUCUGGAUACUUAUUUGGGAAUAAGUUACGAUUUUAACACACCAGAGGCUCUAUUACUUGGUAUAUCACCUACUGAAUUGGAACUUGAUGUGACCUGCCAUUGAGGAUGUUCAGCUAGCCAUUGGAUAUACUCUAUCUGUACUUGAGCACUUCUCCUAUCGCGAGAAAAACCCAUCAACCAGACACCACCAUGGAGAUCCUUAGGACUCUUUCCGUUUGCCUUGUUUUUUUGCUUCCACUCCUGUCUUCUGUUAAAAAUGAAUCGUGCCAGCUACAUGUACCGUCUUCAGCGAUUCCUCUAGGUUGUGUAUGUUCAGGACUCACCCUUGUGUGUACAGGUUUCUGGCCAACGAAGGCCCAACUUCAAACCAUGGAUGUUUUAGAGUCCCUGACAAUUACGAACACCACCCGUAAUACUCUCCUCAAAUGUGAAUCCAUGUUUGGUACGUUGCCGAAGCUUAAGAGAUUGGACUUGAGCAGCAACCAAAUCAAUUUCACAAAACCGAGGUCCUUUAGUUCUUAUUGUUUCCCAAAUUUAGAGCAGUUAAUUUUAGAUAACAAUGCCCUAAGGCUGAAUGCACACACAACAUUUAAGAGCCUUGAUAGACUCCGUGGGCUACAUCUGAACAAUGCACUCUACAAAAACCAAAGUGUGUCGGAGCAGCUCACGCACACGUUCAUAAGAUCAGCCAUGCCGAGCUUGGAAGAGAUCAUGCUCAAUGACAAUAUGCUUGGAGAUCUGAGUCCGAGCACCUUUAACUUUAACGUGUCUGGUUCCAGUCCUAUAAGCAGGAUACACCUGCGGAACAGUAGACUUGGCGUGAUUCAACCUCAGCUGUUUGAAGUGGAAACGCUCCCCAAUCUCUCCUUCAUCGAUUUGAGCAUGAACAGGAUCACAGGGUUACCGGAGGAGAACCUGGAAAGCUUCAACAAAUUCUCCAGCGCGCUCACGAUCAAUCUGACCGGUAACCCUUUAACCUGUAACUGCCAGCUAGAGGAUUUUGUAAUUUGGUUGAAGUCGAACAGCACAAAAGUCAUCAAUCCUGAGACGCUGAACUGCUCAGAGGAGAGCAUCAUCCACAGCGGUAAGCGCAUCAUUGACCUUGAUCCGAAGGAUUUGACCUGCACCCACAUCAGGAACACAGAUAUGGACGAACAGAUGAAGACAUCGUACAUCCUUCUGAUAGCGGUACUUAGCAUCAUCGGUAUCUUGGCCAUCGUCAUCCUCUUCAUGAGAAGGAAAGAGAUCAUCAAGUUCUGCAACCAGAUGAAGCAAGCCACCAAGGAAACCUUCGAUACGCACCAUACAUCCUACGUCUACAGCGAUAUCACCCGAGCGACACGAGAAACCCCGGAACACUCUGCAGUAGAUGUUUGAUAUGCUGCCCUCUACAGAUUACUGUCCCUUUGGCUCCGUUGGAAAAUGGAAAGACAAUUUCAAGAACCUUUGAAAAGCUUCUAGUGUAUUAAAAGUAAGUCUGGAGCCCGGGAGAUCCACGUACAGAUCUUUAUCCAGAGAAAGAGGGAGAAGGUCCUUCCUGUGACCCAACGGAUAAUGUCUUCUGCUGGAUCCUGCGCUGACUCUAUGUGAAUACAAACUGAACUACAGUAGUCAAUGGAUCAAGGUGUUCCUGAGAAACUUCUGUGGGAUUCCACAUUGGUAAAAGCUGAACUAAAAGGAGGAGGAUGUGGUGAGGUAGUCCUGCAUGGCCAAAGGGGGCAUAGUUGUGGAUCGGGUAUGGGGUAUUGAAAUCGAGAAAGGAUGAUAUCAUUAUAGACUGUUGCAUAUACACCAAGAGAUACCCUCAGUAUAUUCUCAAGUACACCUGAACCCCAUAUUCCUUUGUUAAUUGUGUGUUAGCAGACGUGGUAAGCAUUCAAUUCCGUAUUUAACAGUGUGACAAGUGGGAGCAGUAAGUUUGGUGUCGUGGUGUUCAUCUGCGAUUUGUUGUCCCAUGUAGGGCUUUGGAGGACCAAAAGGGGAUUGUAAUAAUUGUUGAAGUAGAACUUGCAAUCAUAUGUCAGUUUAGAGUUAAACUUUUGACUGAAUGAAAUAUUCAAUGAGCUCGAAACUGAUGAAUAUAUUACCUAAAUAUUCCUGUAAAUGCCACCAUGGAUAUUAUGUAAGACAUGAUGUCAUUCAUUAUGUUUGUUUGACUUUCAAUAUCCAUUCAAUGUUUUGUGAGUCUGCAUUUAGUAUGUGUCCAUUCACAGGAUGUGUAAAAAUGUCAAAGGUCAAAUCAUUCCCAUACCUCCCUAUUGUAACUUUGCCAUUAUGAAACCUUGACUUUGAUUGGCUGUCCAGGCAUGUUGCCAUGGUAGUUGCCGUAAAUACCUUACAAUAGUUGUAAUUCUUUAUGAAAUGGACCCCUGGGACCCCUUACAUAAAACUUUUGCCAUGAAAAAACUCUGGCAAAUAAACAAAAACUCUAGCAAACAAAACUAUUCCAUUGAAAAUUACACAUUAAAGAACUCUGGCAAAAAUUGUGCCAAAGUUUUUUAUGGCAAAAGUUUUAGGCAAGUGAUUUCAGUAAGUUCCAUUUUACAUAUACAUGUAACUCAUUGCAUAGUAAUCCAAUCUAAAUUAGAUGGUAUAUAUUUCAGAUUUUACAGAAGUAACCUCAAUAUGAAAUUACCUCAUACUAACGUCCAUACCAACUUUAAUCAUAUACCAUAUUUAAUCAAACAUUCACUACUAACCUAUUCUCAUUACUACAUUUCUUAAACAUUCUUACUUUUUGCCUGUAGAUAUAUAUGUACUGCCAUGCAGAUUCUUUAUAUUCAGCAGAAUGUGCUCUCGUUUACAUAAGUUCUGAACAAUAUUCCUAUGAUUUUCCUUGUGAAAUGGAAAUGAUAAGUAUAGUCUUUGGCAGAAUAUUAAUAUCUCACCAUGCUGUAUGCCAUAUCUUGGAUAUCUUCAGUAAUAUGAUUUCUUGAAUAAUUUAGUAGAAUACCAUUUAGUCGUGGGCACAGAUGUAGUCGUCUCAUACUUAGACAAAGCUCCCUUUGCAUAAUCCGGUGUUUGGAUCUUUUUUAUUCCUAAGAACACGGCUUUACGAGCUUCUCUGCUGCUUGGAAAGAAAAUCAAUUUAGUUUACGUGGACGACAGCCGAGUGUUAAAACGAAAUGUUUCUGCUGUAAUCUUUACAUCCUAAGAGAUGGGGCUGAUCUAGGCCCUGUCUUACAAAGAGUCGCGACCGAUCCAAUCAACCACAACUAUGGAAAGCCAGCAACAUCGCCAUCUAAAAAGCAUGUUUGUUCGACAUAUUUUCUAGAUAUGAUGUCCAUUCAUAAAUUCAUAGUUUUCUUGAAAAUUCAGUGUGCUUGUCUUCGUUCACAAAGGACAUCGUGCAAAUUUCCUGAAGCAAAAAUUAUGGCAUUGAUGGAUUUCCAUAUACUUGAGGUUGAUCGGAUCGAUCGUAGCUCUUUGUAAGACAUGGGCCCUGAUGUAUGAAGGUAAUUACCACAGCGUCGGCCUAGUUUACAAUCCCUUUGAUGCCUAGCCUACAUGGGGAGAGCUAACUGGUGCACAGCUGAAAGAGCCGUGAAGG